AUGUCAGAGGUCAGUUCCACUGCCCGUUUUUUGUGUCGGCGAUAUUCCUGCCGGACGGACUAUCCUGCUUGUGCUGGCGGCGCUAGCCAGUGCUCCUGCGGCCCAGCGCUGCCACGAGUCGGCGGGGAUUACCCCGCUUCCCCGAGGACGACCUUGGCGGUUUGACCGGCUUGCCCAUCGGGUCGUCGCUUGGGUGGACUCCCACCGUCUUCCUAAGGCAAAGCUGGAGUGUCACGGUGGACAUCAGGGACGAGUGCUGGCUGUGCUCGAUGGGGUCUGCCCCGUGGCCUCUCCGUGGGUGGUGGUGCACGGGGCUGCCGUGACGUUGCGCUCUGUCGAUGCGGCGUGAAACCGUUCACCUUGGACCCGAGCUCGCUCGAGCUGCCACGCGGGGUCUCGCACUCGAGCCUAUCCCGAGGCUGAGCCUCAACGCUCGUGGGAGGAAUAGUACUGUUGCCAAACUUUAUCGUCGGAUCGAGGUGGACCAUGUUGCACAUCGACAUUGCACUUCACGCCACCCGUGCCCCUCGCUUAGCCGGCUACCUGUUCAAACUCAAUUCACUGACUUCCUGUACGAUCCUUGCCCUUUUCAUGCCUUUGCGACAUCCAAUGUAUUUUUGAACGGUGGUUCGGCCAACAGCUACAAUACAAGGAUAAGGUCGUGAUCGUCACCGGUGCCGGUGGCGGACUCGGCAAAGCUUGUAAGCGGUCGGCGAUCCUUCUCGCGCCGCCGAAAAGUUCUGACGACUCCUUCCUUCCCACCCGCCUUCCUCUUGCGCAGACUCGGUCUUCUUCGCUUCGCGCGGUGCCAACAUCCUCGUCAACGAUCUCUCGAGGGAGAACGCCGACAAGGCCGUCAAAGAGAUCAACGAUGCCGGCAAGGGCCAAGCGAUCGCCAACUACAACUCGGCGACUGAAGGCAACGCGAUCGUCAAGCAGGCCGUUGACAAGUGGGGUCGAGUCGAUAUCCUCAUCAACAAGUUGAGUUUUCUCAUCUCUUCGAGCAGGCUCUGUUGUCAUCCGCACCUUAUGGGGCUGAUCUGGGCAUCUCGUUCUCGUCCUACAGCGCAGGUAUUCUUCGUGACAAGUCGUUCGCUUCCAUGACCGACAAGGAGUGGGACAGCAUCCACGACGUUCACGUCCGAGGCGCUUACGCCUGCACCAAGGCCGCCUGGCCCCUGAUGCGAAAGCAAAAGUAUGGUCGCAUAAUCAUGGCAAGUCAUCUGGAACAGUCUCCAGUCUCGAGCUUAGCUGAUGUAGGGGCAACUUUGGCUCCUGACCGCAGACCGCCUCGGCUGCCGGUAUCUACGGCAACUUUGGCCAAGCCAACUACUCGUCGGCCAAGCUUGCUCUCGUGGCCUUUGCCAAGACGCUGGCCCGGGAAGGUGCCAAGGUGAGCCAAAGAGAAAAACGUGCCGAGUAAGGGCUGCGAGGCGCGUGCUGACAGCUCUCACUGCCGUUCACGCCAGUACAACAUCCACGCCAACGCCAUCGCCCCCGUCGCGGCUUCGCAAAUGACCGAGACCGUGAUGCCCCCCGAGAUGCUCGCCAACCUCUCGCCCGAGAUGAUCGUACCCCUCGUCGCUUACCUCUGCCACGACCAGACCGAGGACAACGGCAAGCUGUUCGAGGCCGGUGCCGGAUGGUACGGUCGAGUGCGCUGGGAGCGAUCCAAGGGUGUUGUCUUCAAGACCGAUGACACCUUCACCCCCGCGGCCGUCAAGGCCAAGUGGGAGCAGAUCAACGACUUCUCCUCCGGCUCCACCUUCCCCGAGAACAUCACCGAUGCCAAUUACCUCGAAUACCUCGAGGAGGCCAAGAGCAUCAAGAAGAACGAGACCGACGGCGAGGUGCGCUUCGACGGCAAGACCAUCUUGGUCACCGGUGCCGGUGCCGGUCUCGGUCGAGCCUAUGCGCUGAUGUACGCCAAGCUGGGUGGCAGCGUCGUCGUGAACGACAUGAAUAAAGAGGCCGCCGAUAGCGUCGUCAAGGAGUGCGAGAAACUCGGGGGCAAGGCUCUUGCCGUUGUGUGCUCGGCCGAGGAAGGCGAGAAGCUCGUCAAUGCCGCGGUUGAGAAGUUCGGAUCUCUCCAUGGUGAGUUGGCGUGGUCCGUUCAGAGGGAGGCCGUCUUCGUGAUACUGAACAGAGCUCUCCCACCCCGCAGUCGUUGUCUGCAACGCUGGUAUCUUGCGCGACAAGUCCUUCGCCGCUCUCACUGACGAGGAGUGGGACUUCGUCUACAACGUUCACGUGCGAGGUACCUACUCGGUUUGCAAGGCCGCAUGGCCCAUCUUUCGCAAGCAAAAGUACGGCCGUAUCGUCAACACGUCAUCCUCGGUCGGUGUCCACGGCAACUUUGGUCAAGCCAACUACUCGACCGCCAAGUCGGCAAUUUUGGGCCUCACCAAGACGCUCGCUAUCGAAGGCAAGAAGUAUGGCAUCAUCGCCAACACGCUCGUCCCCAACGCGGGUACCAACAUGACCCGCACGAUCUGGCCCGAGGAGAUGGUCCAGGCCUUCUCGCCCGCCUUCAUUGCCCCAGUCGUCGGCUACCUCACCUCGGAGGCUAAUGAGUCGACACUCGGUCUCUACGAAGUCUCGGGUGGGUGGUGCGCCGCUUACAGAUGGCAACGAUCGUACGGUCACGCGUUCCCCAUCAACACCAAGGUCACAGUCGAGAAGCUCAAGGCCAAGUGGGACGUUGUGAACAAGUUCGACAACAAGGCCACGAACCCCAACUCGACCGCCGAAUCGCUCGAGUCAAUUAUUGACAACUUCUCAAACGAGUCCGAGUCGUCCUCCGACGAGAAUGGCGAUGACGACUACUCGGACCCCGAGGACUCGGAGAUUGUCAAGAAGGCGAAGGAGUCGGCCAAGGAGACGGGCGAGUACACCUUCACCGAGCGCGAUGUGGCUCUAUACAACCUCGGUAUCGGUGCGACGGAGAAGGAGGUCGAGUUCACCUUCGAAGGCGACAGUGACUUCCGUCCGAUUCCGACGUUCGGUGUCAUUCCCCAGUUCGCCACCUCCUCCGGCUUGCCCAUGGAUUGGCUGCCCAACUUCUCGCCCAUGAUGCUCUUGCACGGCGAGCAAUACUUGCAGAUCAAGGGCAAGAUCCCAACUUCGGGCACGCUCACUUCCGCGGCACGCUUGUCCGAGGUACUCGACAAGGGCAAGGCCGCGGCCGUCACCUCGAUCACGACGACCAAGGACUCGGAGGGCAACGUCAUCUUUGAGAACCAAUCAACCGUCUUCAUCCGAGGCGCCGGUGGGUUCGGUGGCAAGAAGACGGGCAAGGAUCGUGGUGCUGCAACCGCGGCGAACAAGCCUCCUUCGCGCAAGCCCGACCACGUCGAGGAGGAGAAGACGUUGCCGAUCCAAGCCGCUUUGUACCGUCUCUCGGGCGACUACAACCCGUUGCACAUUGACCCCGACUUCGCCAAGGUUGGUGGCUUUGACCAACCCAUCCUCCACGGUUUGUGCUUCUUCGGUAUCUCGGGCAAGCACAUCUACAAGAAGUUCGGCGAGUUCAAGGACAUCAAGGUGCGCUUCGUCGGGUCCGUUUACCCGGGCGAGACCGUCGUCACCGAGAUGUGGAAGGAAAAUGACAAGGUCAUCUUCCAGACCAAGUGUAAGGAGCGUGGUACCGUCGUCCUCGGUGCCGCCGCCGUCACACUUGCUUGA